UGAGUGUCUCUGCUGACACCGGGGCCGAGGAGCGACCGAGCGACCGAACAACGGGCGGACUGUUUGUCCUCUCUUUGCCCGCACACGAUGGCUCGGUGCUGGACGUUGUGGACCGGGAUCCUCGUCCUCCUGACUGCCGGUGUUCCAGGUGUUCAGUGUUUCAGCCACCUGAGCUUCAACCUGUGUAAGUGGUGCGAGGUGUCCAGUCCGGUGUGUAAGGACAGCGUCUGCUUCAGUAACUGCACUCUGUCGUCCUUCUGCACCAUCAUCGACGAGAUCUGCAUCGCCAUGUGGAGGAAGAACAACGACACGAUGACGGUGCACACGAUGUGUCACAACCCCACCCUGCCUCUGGAGGGCGUGGACCCCGACCUGCUGCUCAACUUCACCUCCAGAGAGUGUCACAUGGUCCCGCAGCCUGCAGAGGACGGAGCCAUGAUGGUCUGUGGCUGCCGCGGAGAACACGAGUGUAACGACAAACUCAUCUUCGGCAAGGGAGCCAACGGAUUCUCCAAGCUGCAGAGUAAAGAUGUGAUCCCGGUGGUGGUGGUGAGCUUGGUGCCUCCUAUCCUGGUGGCCAUAGUUGCCACCGCCGCCUUCUACUUCUACCGCACACACCGUCCUGACAAACCGGGCCCUCCUGCACGCCCUGCCUGGCCCACCAAACGCACCCCAGAGCUCUACCAGGCUUUCGACCUGGCGUGUGGGGCUCUUGGAGAAGGUGGAGGAGGUUUGAUGAUGGGUCCUGGAGCUGAAAGGGGGGAUGCCAAGGGGCCAUUUCCCAACAGCAUGGGUGACAUGACAGACUGGCAGGGCCAGCUGGAAGAACCACUACCCAUCAAGCUUGAGGUCCUGGUGGGGAAGGGGCGCUUUGCUGAAGUGUGGAGGGCGUGCCUGCUGGACGGCAGGAAGGGCGGAGUUAACAGCUAUGAAACUGUGGCGGUGAAGGUGUUUCCGGCUGUUGAGUACGUCUCGUGGAGAAACGAGUGCUCCAUCUUCUCCGACCCCAAGCUGGAGCACGACAACGUGGUUCAAUUCCUUGCAGCUGAAGAGAGGGGCCUACCUGGCCACCCCCUCAGGAAGUACUGGCUGGUUCUGGCCUAUCACAGCCUUGGGAACCUGCAGGACUUCCUCACAGCAAACAUCCUGAGCUGGAAGGAACUUGUUGUCUUGGCUGGGAGCAUUGCCAGAGGGUUAGCUCAUCUUCAUAGCGACACAACGCCUGGUGGGAUACCAAAGGUGCCGGUUGCCCAUCGGGACCUGAAGAGCAGUAACAUUGUGGUAAAGAGCAGGAAGGACUGCGCUCUGUGUGACUUUGGUCUGGCGUUGAGACUGGACCUCUCCCUCACUGUCGACGACUACGCCAACAGUGGACAGGUGGGGACCGCUCGCUACAUGGCUCCUGAGGUACUUGAGUCCAGGGUGAACCUUGAGGACCUUGAGGCCUUUAAACAGAUGGAUGUUUACUCCAUGGCGCUGGUCCACUGGGAGAUGGCCUCCCGCUGCCAAGCCGUCGGAGAGGUGAAGAGCUACGAGCCGGCGUUUGGCUCCAAGGUUUGUGAGCAGCCCUGUGUGGACAGCAUGAGAGACCUGGUGCUGAGGGACCGAGGACGGCCGGACAUCCCCUCGGCGUGGAUGCAGCACCAGGGGAUGAGCGUCUUCUGCUCCACCGUCACUGAGUGCUGGGAUCACGACCCCGAGGCCCGACUGACGGCGCACUGCGUGGUGGAGCGCUUCAACGUCCUGCAGCAGGAGGAGGAGGAGCAGGAAGGAGGGCAGGAGGAGGAACCGAGGAGAGAAGCUGACGGAGAGGAAGACGGAGAGAGAGAAAAGGACUCGGAGACACCAGACAAUGACCAGAGUCCCUCCUUGUCCACUGCUGCUUCCUCGCCCUCCUCCUCUUCCUCCCUCCAGAAUCCUCAGCCAGACUCUAAGACGGGUGGUGCGGAGGUAUCCCAUGAUUCCCUGGGUCCUGCUGGGACUGUGGUGUGAGUGCUGGACCUCGUCCCACGCUAUGAUCCCUCCUUCCUCCUGUUGCUGCGUUUACACGGUUUGUGUAAUCUGUUGUUUUUACACCAGUGUUACUGUAACAGAUCUGAAGCAUCGGAUUGUGAAGAGACUGAUGAUGAUGUCCAUAAAUCUAAACUGUAGUGGCAGAUAAUAAACUGCCUGUAACUGAUACUGUCAUAAUGGUGUUCCAUUUUAGCAGCAUGUCUGUCCACACUGAAAUAUCUCAACAACUGUUGGAUGGAUUUUGAUGAAAUUUAGUUCAGACAUUCAUGUUCCCCAGAGGAUGAAUCCUGAGGACUUUGGUGAUCCUCCGACUUUUCCUCUGGUGCCACCAGCAGGUUGAUUUUGGUGGUUUUGAGUGAAAUGUCUGCAGGACAAGUCAAGUUAGCUGGUGGGUCAGAGGAUGGGAAGGAAUAAGUGUAUAAAUGCAAAACUCUGCGUUCCACAAACGUGGUCUCCUUUAAAAAACAUUUUGUGAAUACAUGCUGCAUAUUUUUAGCCUUGUGUAUGCGUAUGUGUCUUUUAAGCCAUGCUAGCUGUGUAGCUUUAGAGAUUGCAAAGUCUGUCGGCCUGUCAGUCCAGUUGUGAUGAAAUGUGGUUCAUCAUUCAUGUUCCCCUCAGGAUGAGUUGUAAUAACUUUAAUGAUCGUCUGACUUUUCAUCAGCCUCAGGAAGACUUAAGGUUUACUGCUAAUUAGCUAAUGCUAGCAUGCUAACAGGCUGAUGUUUAGCUGGUAUAAUGUUUAACAUCUUAUUACUUAAGUAACUGUUGGUGCCGCUACAUGAAAAGUCAAAAGAUCACAGAAGUAAUUACGUUUCAUCCUGAGGGGAACGUGAAUGAUGAACCACAUUUCAUCAAAAUCCAUCCAAACGUUGAUGAAAUAUUUACGUCUGAAACAAAAUGGUGGAUCAACUGAUGAACCGCUGAUAGAGGCUGUGAUGAACAAACUGAUCAUCACAGCCUCCAUGUUUUUCUUUCUGGGACGUCCUGGAUUGUUCACCUGACGACCGGAGGGAACAGGAAUAACCAAAGACUUUCUUGCCUCGAUGACAAACACAUUCAGUCCCAGACAGAAAGUGAGCAGUCGUGUGAAAAGGUGAACUUCCUGAAAUCUGACAGAGGAUCAGUCGCAGUUCUGCAGGCGGAGAUAAACACUCUGAUGUUUAUUGUAAACAUUUCAUGUUGUCGGAGCUGGUCUCCAUGUCAUUCUAUAUUAUUCUUUAAUAGCUACUGUGAUUAUCUUCACUAUAACCCACGUGUAUGAAUCAACCGGAGGAGCUCGUUCUGGACGCGUUGUGCCGCUAUACACUUCUGGAAAAGGUCUUCAUGAUAAUUCAUGAACUGAUUAUCUGUAAAGGAGUGAAUAUGAACACUGAAGGAUCCAGUGAGUAAAAACACAACAGAACAGAAAACCACUAUGGGAUGGAAAACACAGAAUCUCCAAAACGUGUUGUUUGUUUUGCAAUAAAGUUUGUUUUUCUGUAAUAAUGAA